UUCGUCAAGUGAAUCAAUCCCAUUCUGGAGAUUAUCUGGUUGUCAUGAAGAACACAAUGUUUGACAACAUUCGCAAAGAAGGAAGGAUUGGCACAGGCGUGCAGCUUGUCCGCUUGCUGGUAUCAUAUGGUGCUCGGGUGAUGUGCCCCAGUAACUACACAGCUGUAGAGAACACCACGGCUGUGUUGGAGUGUCACGUAGAUGCUUACCCCCGUGCAGUCAUCACCUGGUCCAGAGAAGGAAGCCAUGAAGCGCUACCACAGACUGGUUCCUCCCUCCGUAUCCCCCCAUGCACAGCUGUCGGACGGAGGCAACUACACCUGUACGGCGUCCAACACCAUCAGAGGCUACACCGGCAGAAGCGACAAGAAGGAGGAUUCAUGCAUCAUACAUGUCAUCGUCAAAGUCAAUAUGUCAGACGGAGCAGCCCCAGAAACAACUUCCAUCUUUGCUCUCUACAAAAUCCACUUCAUAGCUGCUAGCCUUGGGACCGUCGUUCUCGCUUUUGUCGUCGUGGAUGUUGUCAAAUGCAUUCGGAGGAGGUCUAAAUGUAAAGGGGAUGAUGUACCCGUGGAAGUGGAUGGGAGCGGUGACAGUCACAGCAUACACACCGGUGGAAAUAACAAGAAAGACUACGAUAAACCCAGCCCUGACAACCAGGUGCAGCAUCACUACAGGCAGGUCCACGGGGACGGUGAUGGUUGCUAUGGUAACGUGGUAACAGCUGACACCCAACAUUAUGGAAAUGUGUUCACUGAGAACCAGUCAGGUUACUAUGGCAAUGUUACUGUACAGGAAGGCGAGAAUACGUGUUAUUAUGGUAACGAUGACGUUGUCAUGGAAACUCAUUCUAAUGAAUAUGUAAAUUUGUAAAUCAGCAAAUUCGAUGUGUCGACAUUGGACUUGCAUUCGUGAAAAGGGAAGCAUUUGGGAGGGUUGUUCUGUUUAUUUUCUGUUACUUUCCUAUUUAUACUGUUAACAAAUGUGUUUAUUCCGAACAUUACACACAGAACACCACUGUCUCCGUGAGCGGGUUUCCCAACACGGAAUUUCUGAGGGAUCGUUGAUUAUUAAAUAAUAUAGGAAGGGUAUUUUUAUUAAUGUUAGACAAUGGCAUUGUUGAUCCUAUAUAACAUGUCUCAUGUGUGAGACAUCUGGAGAUUUAUAGUUCAAAUGAAUACGAUCCUGUACAGUGCGUUGGCAGUUUCCAGAAAACUUGUAAACCUCGUCAUCACUUAAAAGGAAGCAACGAUUCAUCAGGUCAGCAUUAUAUGACCUGGCAACAAUACUCGGAAAUAGGUCAUUAGAUUUACUGUGGGAUGCGAAAACAGAAAACACCAUGAUGGGCAGAUAGAGAUGCAAGUGUAUAGUCGGAUGUUUCCAUUUGACAUUGCAACAUUUCUUGUACUUUCAUGUGUGUUUCCUCAUGUUUAUAGACAUUUAUUAAACAGAACA